GGUACGCAAUCGCCGAAGAAAAAGACUACGGAUAUUACGGCUUUAGCUCUAACAGAAGGCAUAAACAAACAUGUCUCUCGUGUAAAAUCAUUUUUUUUUUUAAAUCUCUUUGUCCAGUCAGUUUUCGCUCUUUAUUUUCUUAUAAAUCAGUGUUUAUUAUAUUUACGGGCCACCAGGCCCCUCUGGUUCUAACUUACGGAAAUAGUUUCCUCUAAGCCCCAGUUAGUUUAUUCAUUGCGAAGACGGAUUAAAAUGUGGUGUGAAGAAGGUCCAAGGUGCGUGUGAACUGCACACUCCGCGAAGUGAUUCUAGGCCACCUUUGUUCAUCGUGGUCAGUACGAGUUGAAUAAGCUCACCGUCCAGAUGGCCUGGGCUCUAAAACUGCCCCUCGCUGAUGAGGUGAUCGAGUCCGGCCUGGUGCAGGAUUUUGACGCCAGUCUAUCAGGAAUUGGCCAGGAGCUCGGAGCUGGAGCCUAUAGUAUGAGUGAUGUGCUGGCACUCCCCAUCUUUAAGCAAGAAGAGUCCAAUCUGCCACCUGAUAAUGACAACAAGAUCCUUCCAUUUCAAUAUGUUCUGUGUGCUGCCACGUCACCGGCUGUCAAACUGCAUGAUGAGACACUCACCUACCUCAACCAAGGGCAGUCUUAUGAAAUUCGAAUGCUGGACAAUCGGAAAAUGGGUGAGCUUCCAGAGAUCUCAGGCAAAAUGGUGAAGAGCAUCCUCCGUGUCGUUUUUCAUGACCGGCGACUGCAAUACACAGAGCACCAGCAGCUGGAAGGCUGGCGCUGGAACAGACCAGGUGAUCGAAUCCUUGACCUGGAUAUCCCUAUGUCUGUUGGCAUUGUGGAUCCAAGGGCAAACCCAACACAGCUUAACACAGUGGAGUUCCUAUGGGACCCAUCAAAGCGGACUUCAGUGUUCAUUCAGGUUCAUUGCAUCAGCACAGAGUUCACAAUGCGUAAGCAUGGCGGAGAGAAGGGGGUGCCAUUUCGCGUCCAAAUCGACACUUUCAAAGAAAAUGAAGCAGGAGAUUACACAGAGCAUUUGCACUCUGCCAGCUGCCAAAUCAAAGUUUUCAAGCCCAAAGGUGCAGACAGAAAGCAGAAAACUGAUCGAGAAAAGAUGGAGAAGAGGGCACCACAAGAAAAGGAGAAAUACCAGCCAUCAUAUGAAACCACCAUCCUUACUGAGUGCUCACCUUGGCCUGAGGCCACUUAUGUGAACAACUCUCCAUCACCAGGUUUCAGCAGCACCCCCAACAGCUUUUCUACUGAAGGGAAUGGUUCACCAAAUCACCAGCCAGAGCCACAAGUGGUACAAGUAGCAGAUCACAAUUUGGAUCUUUUCAGGAACAUCUGUUUCAGUGAUAAAGACACAAAAUACAAUCUGCUACCCGCUGCAACACCCCAAGAAGCACAGCAAUGGCUUCAUAGUAACCGCUUUUCACCAUUUUGCCGUCUAUUCACAAACUUCUCAGGGGCAGACCUAUUGAAACUCACUAGAGAGGACGUUAUUCAAAUCUGUGGCCCCGCUGAUGGCAUACGACUAUUUAACUCGCUCAAAGGAAGGGUGGUACGCCCAAGACUCACGAUCUACGUGUGCCAGGAGUCUCAGCAGGCCCGAGACCAACAACAAAAACAUGAGAACGGAGAUGGUGCUAGCAAUACUUUUUUUGUGUAUCAUGCGAUUUACCUGGAGGACCUAACAGCCAUUGAGCUGACUGAGAAAUUAGCUCAGCUUUUCAACAUCUCUCCACGCCAGAUCAGUCAGAUCUUCAAGCAGGGACCCACAGGCAUUCAUGUGCUUGUCAGCGAUGAGAUGAUUCAGAACUUUCAGGAUGAGAUGUGUUUUGUGUUGGACACAAUGAAAGCUGAGACGAAUGAUGGCUAUCACAUUAUCUUGAAAUGAGAACGCAAUCUGUGGGAGGAGAGUCAGCACUGGUUUACAGCAGACUAAUCUUAAUCAGUAUGCUUCCCCAUACUCUUCCUGGAUCUUAUGAUUACGAUUGUUUCUUACAAUUGUAUUGCUCAGGCAAUAGAGGCCUCUAUUGUAAAGUAGAAAUUUAUCUGGCCUGUUCUGAUACCUUACAGUCUUAGUCUCCACAGAGUGUCUGUACUGCCAGUACUACCAGAAAGCUGUGUUUUAUUGUUUUGCAUUAUUACUUUAGUUAUCAUUACUUUUUAAAAUCUCUUUUCUUUGAUCUCUAUACAUUUAUUGUACGCAACUGUGUGCCAGAGCCUGCUGUCUAAGAAUGACUGAAUGGGUUGUUGUAGAUUUAGCAUUAGCAGACAUCCAAUCUCUGAAGAGUUUUGCAUCCUGUGCCUAUAUUCCACCAUUUAUCAGCAUUGCAAGUUAUUUGCAUAGAAAAGACAAAAGUCAUAAAAAAAAAAUAGAAUCAGCAAUUACUCCCAAAAGGCCUAUAUGUAGAUGCCUUACUGAAAAUGUGGUUUCAACAUAAUCUGUCAGUGAGAUCAUUUGCAAAUCAUGUUUAUUGUUUAAAAUGAAUUAUUUCAGUAACUUCCCCUGGCUUGCCAACAUGAAGAAACAUAGCACUGCUACAUAUACUUGUUACUUUUCUAUAGCUCAAUUAUAAUCAAGUAAUUUCUUCCAUAUAAGAAGUAAUGUUUCUUUAAACUCUUAACAAUCUAAGUAACAUUAAUUCAGUUGCUAAUUUACAACAGUGUUCACACACUACAUUUUUGUUGAAUAUUCUCUUAUACUGUUCGUCUGAACGUAAGUGGGCUUUAAGGGCAUUACUUCCAGCAGAUUAUCUUUUUUUUUUUUUUUUCAGCUUGGCAGUUUUUUCUUUUUAAACAUAUGCUUAUCCUUUUCAAGUUUCUACAGAGGUAUAUUUAGAACAUCAUGCUUUAUGUAAGUAAACCAGCAGCAUUGUGUUGAUCAUUGCAGUACAAAUUAAUUUGGUGUGAAACCUGUAAAUGUUUGUGAAGGUAGAGCAGGUUAGCUGUGUUGGAUGUAUGCAAGACAGCAAUAUGAAAAGCAUUGUCUAUCUGUUCCCCUUUUCCUGAUGUCCAUGCAACAAUUAAAACAAUUUACCAAUGGAAAAAAAACGUCUGCUUGUGUGUCAGUUAAUGUUAAUGCUAGAACUUGAAAAGACUCCAGUUAAUAGUAAUAGCUUUCAUUCUUUCCUAUGGGGGAUUCAUACUGAAUGCAUUCAAGUGUAUUAAGGUAAAGGGUAUAAAUGAUCUGUUAUCUAGAUAAGUGGACUGGAAGCAAAAUAACUUGUUGCAGGAAUGCCUAAUUGUAUUUGGCAAUGCACAAAUAUAUUUAUCAUGUAGUGUUUCUUUUUUUUUUCCAUGAACAUUUACAGUACGGUAUUAGUUUGUCGACUUUUUAAAAUGCCAUUUGGGAGAAAAAUCUCUUAUUGGUGUACAAAGACAAAUGAUGUGACUUAUUAAACAGAGCUUUUCAUUUCUUCA